GAUUUUUAUUUUUAUAAUUUUUUACAAAAAACAAUUAUCAUCACAAAAUAAACCUAUCAUCUUAAUUAUAAAAAUAAUAUAAAACUAACAAUCAUAAAAUAAGCAAAUAAAAUAAACAAUUGAAAAAUAUCAAUACAACAAUGCGCAGAAGUUUGUCUUCAAUAUUAGAGAAUGGAAAAGACAUCAUUUUUUCUUUUAAAAAAAUGCUGGACUCACUGUAUGAUUUUGAAAUAUUGGAUUUGAAAGAAAAUAUUCAAUUAAAGGACGAAUACACCUAUUUUUAUGAUUUUUAAUCUACUUGCACUUUUAAGAAUAUUGCCUACGUAACACCUUAUGGAAAUGUGAAAGGAAAUUUAAUAGUCUCUAAGGAUAUUAUCAGCUUCAAUCCUGUAGAUAUGUAGGAAGUUUAGUAGAUCAUUUAAAAUAGCUAAAAAUAGAAUAAUUAAAUUAAAACAGAUGAAACGCCAAAAAAAAAAAUAAAUAUAAAAGCAAGUGAUUUCUUUGUAAAUAUAGAAGUAUUUGAUAUUUAUUCUGUAAAAACUUAUGUAGUCGAAUUCGAUAGUUUAAUGAAUUAUUAUGAUAUUUACAUAGAUAUAUAUUUAGAGACAGCAAAUGGCCUAAAUAAACCACUAUAAGAUUAAUAAGGGAAUUAGUUUCUAUUAAAAGUAGUUUUCAAGUCUGCUAACCAUUAUAGUUUAGUAGAUGUUGAGGAACUUUAAAAAAAAAUUAGAGAGGAGGCACUAAUUCUUUAACAAAGAGCUCAAGAAAAUUAGAAAGAUUCUUUAGAUGUAGAUACUUAAGAUACAGCAUAUGAAAACAAUACACUAGAGGUUAAUCCAAUUCCAUAAUUUUCACAUCAUGAAUAAGCUGCUUUUACUUAACUUAAUCAUCAAAAUGAUAAUGCUCCUCAUAGAGAUUAAGUAAUUAGAAAAAAUAAGAUAACUAUAUCUAAAACAGCUAAUGAAAUUUAACUAGGAUAUGAUGAAAAUAAAAUGAAUAUUGAAAUUCAGUCUGCCAGCAUUCUUAUUAAUGGUAUCAACCAUGAGAAAAAAGAAAAAAAUUUAUCUUAAUAAGAAUAAGACAAAUAAGCAGAUAAAAAAGAGAUUGAAUAGAGCAAUUGCUAAUAGGAAAAAAAUAUGAAUAAUUUUUAUAACUCUCAUCAUUUAAGCUUGAUUAACUUUAGCACGGAAGAUAAACCAAAAAAAGUUAGGUUAUAUUCUAUUGUUGGAUUUACAUUUAUUCAUUUACUAGAGAUCAAAUUAAGGUAUAUCAUAAACCAAAUGGGUUUUGAAGAUAAUUAAAGCAAAGAAAGUGGGACCUUUGCAUUCUUCUGGGAGAAAAUAUUUUAUCAGUAUGUUCAUUAGGUUAACUAUAGCUGGACAUAUUAACUAGAUCAAAAAUAUAUUCCUUAAAGAGAUUAGGACUCUUUCAUUUUUAAUAAGAACGAUAAAUUAUUUAACUAAAUCAUAUAGAAUCUGCCAUCUACCUUUCAGUAUUCAGAUUGGGGUCUUUCUUAUACACCAAACAGACACGGAUAUUCAUAUAAUGAAUUUUUGUUCCGCUGUUCUGCCUCACUAGGGCCUCAUGUUAUUAUUAUUAAAGAUAGUUAAGAUAAUAUUUUUGGUGCUUUUGCUUCUCAUGGUUGGAGAAAAAGUAGAUAUUUCUAUGGAGAUGGAGAGUCUUUUCUAUUUAAAUUUGAACACAUUGAACAACUUCAUUAAGAGCAAAAAAUUAAAGUGUUUAGAUAUACUGGAGAAAAUAAUAACAUCUAAUAUUGUGGCAACGAAGGAAUAGCUAUGGGAAUAGGAGAAAAUUAUGGGCUCUUUAUAAACAGAGAUUUUUACAAAGGUCUUUCAUUCCCUACAAACACAUUUGGAAAUAAGCUUGGGCUUCAUAUCCAAAAUAAUGAGUGUUUGGAUAGUAAUAAAAAAGUGGCAAUACAUGGAGAAUUUCAAAUCAAAGAUAUAGAAUUUUGGAGUUUGGAUCCUUAUUUGUAAGAAAAUUUGAACAAAAUAAAAAAGCCAUCAUUGCUCCGUCCUUAGGAAUAAAAAUGAAAAUAUGUUUUAUAAGUAUGAAAAAAAGUUAUUAAGUUUAAUGUAAAUUAGUUUGUAAUUUUAGAAUUUUGUGUUAUAUUUUAAUUUAAUUAUAAGUUUAUCAAAUAAAAAUAUUGUUUAAGAGAA